UGAAAAGUUGAGAGGUCAUGUUGUGAACGUUGCCAUCAGUAAACAUGGCGGAGACUGAGCAGCAGGCAGCCGCCUCUUCUGAAGAUGACGCACAUCCACGACCUGCCAGCUACAACUUCAUGGUGCCGAAGAAGGAGAUCAGCAUGGUGCCUGACAUGGGCAAAUGGAAAAUAUCUCAGGCGUACGCAGACUACAUGGGAUUCAUUCUGACUCUGAAUGAGGGAGUGAAGGGGAAGAAACUCACAUGUGAUUAUCCUGUCUCAGAGACUAUAAAAAAGUUGCUGUCUCUGCUGGGAACUUUAGACCGCUGGAUAGAUGAGACACCACCAGUGGACCAGCCGUCACGCUUUGGCAAUAAGGCUUACCGAACCUGGUACGGCAAGCUAGAGCAGGAUGCUGAGGCUCUGGUGUCUGCUGUUCUUCCUGAUCAGCUUGGUGCUGCCGCUCCGGAGAUUGCUGUGUACCUGAAGGAAGCAGUAGGCAACUCUACAAGGAUUGAUUAUGGCACAGGUCACGAAGCUGCCUUUGUAGCAUUCCUCUGCUGCCUUUGCAAAAUAGGAGCUCUGCGAGUGGAGGACCAACUAGCCAUCAUUUUCAAAGUCUUUGACAGGUAUCUGCAUGUGAUGCGGAAGCUGCAAAAGACGUACCGCAUGGAGCCAGCGGGGAGUCAGGGUGUGUGGGGGCUUGACGACUUUCAAUUUCUGCCCUUCCUAUGGGGCAGUUCACAGCUCAUAGAUCAUCCGACUCUGGAGCCGCGGCAUUUUGUGGAAGAGAAGGUGGUAAACGAGCAUCAUCAGGACUACAUGUUUCUCGAGUGCAUCAAAUUCAUCAAUGAGAUGAAAACGGGACCCUUUGCUGAACACUCGAACCAGCUUUGGAACAUCAGUGCCGUUGCCUCCUGGUCCAAAGUCAACCAGGGCCUUAUACGAAUGUACAAGGCUGAAUGUCUAGAGAAAUUUCCCGUUAUCCAGCACUUCAAGUUUGGCAGCCUGCUCUCCAUCCAGCCCGUCUAACUGUGAACAGCAGCGGGAAGAUCCAAUCCGAGAGCACAACCAAUUCUCAACCAAUUCAAGCACCACCCAAAUCAUCCAGACACCCCUCCAGUGUUCCAGUGUUUAUCCACUGCUUAAAUUAAUAAAUGUGACUCUAAUCAAACCCUAAUUCUAAAAGCAGUUCAACUCAACUGCUUCCUUUUAAAUUAUACCACAUACACAAUACUACAUUUCCUGUCCUAGGUCUGGCUCCAAAGAAAUGGAGAAAUAAGUAGAAAUAAGUAUAGUCCAUGGCGCCGUAAAUAGUAUCUAAACAAAAUUGCAGUAUCCAGAAUUGGUAUUUAUUUAUGAAUAUGUACAUAUGAACAGUAAAGUUUUGCCUGAACUGCUAAGUCUUGGGUUUUAUUUGGUGAACUAGAAAACCGAGAAAGUGUCAGUUUUUCCAUUUAGACUGUGCUGAUCCUUGUCAAGUUGAUGAUUUUAAUUAUUUUUUGUGUGUUUUAGAGAGACAGUUAAUAUUAAGCUGUUAAUGUACUAUUUUGUCAUUUUGUCACUAUAGAAUUAAUAAACCAUUAGCUGUUUUAGUCCUG